UUUGAGGUUAGGUUAGGGAAGUUGUUAUCUACCAAAUUGUUAUCUGUGUCCUUCUCACUGAUCCUUCUUAUAAGUAACUUUCAAUAACAUUCCAUGAGAUAAGCGUAAAAGUUUUAUCAAUCAACGAUUUCAUUGAACUCAUUUUUGUUCUCUUCAUCAACCUAUUCUGAAGUUAGUAUCUAUCUUGUUUGAUCGGACACUAGGAAAAAUGGCAGCAGAACCAUCGCUAGGACCAAAGUCUGUAAUGUUUGUGUGCUUGGGCAACAUCUGCCGUUCACCGAUUGCGGAUUGUGUUAUGCGACACCUAGUCAAAGAGCGAAACCUUUCAGGGUGGACUGUGGAUAGCAGUGGAACAGGGUCUUGGCAUGUCGGUAGCCCUGCAGACCGCCGUGCUCAGCAAAUCCUGGAAGCACAUGGUGUCGAUUCAACACACACUGCCAAACAGAUUAAGAAGAAAAAUUUUUCUGAAUUUAGCUACAUUUUUGGCAUGGAUGAGCAAAAUAUUUCAGAUUUGAAGCGUUCGGCCCCUGCAAAUUCCCCAGCUAAGAUUGAGCUGUUAGGAGACUACGACCCACAAGGCGAAAAAAUCAUCCGAGAUCCAUACUAUGAUAGUGAUACUGCUGGUUUUGAGAAGGUCUAUGAACAGUGUCUCAGGUGUUGUACUGCAUUUUUAGAGAAAGUUGAGAGCAAAAAAUAAACUGUUUGCGUACCUUGAAUGAAAUUGAGCAUGAACCUUCCAUCAAAUACUUAAAUAAUGGACUUUCGUUCAAUGACGAAAUGUGAAAGAAUUUUUUUCAAUCAAUUAAGAGGCUAAUUUAUUCCGUAAUCAUGCAAGGUGUUGAAUCAUAUUAAUAUUGUCUAUUUUUCUUUCUAAGCGUUUCAUAAACUUUUUAUAUUUGUUGUUUUUCA